CCAGCCUCUUUUUUUGUACAGUUAAGUACAGUUAAGUUAACCGCAUGUAUAUUGUAGGGGAGGCGUUUCGAUAUGUAGCAUUAAUAACGCUAAAGCAGAGCAAAUGGUGUACAUGCAGAGAUCACGAGAAAAUUAAGUCGUUAUCACAACAAAACAAGAAAGAAAAAAUACAAUACUGCAUAGCCUUUUAGGACUCGUUUCAAACCUCUCCUGUGGAUAUCAAGCUGCUAAUCCACAACAUGCACAAACACAAUGUAGUUUCUCUUAAACCCUUUCUGUUCUCUGUACAUUUUCAUUAAAGUGGCUGCUAUCACAUGUUCAUAUUCACAAGAAUUUUUACACACUGCUCCAUAGACACAGACAGUACACUGCUCAGUGUUGUUUUAUGUAUCUCUCUAGGACAACUUACUCUUUAACUCUGUGUUGUUGUAUGAAGCACCAUGGUUCUGGUGGAAAGUGUUUUAUUUCACUGUGUACUGUGUCAGCUAUGUAUAGUCAAAAUGACAAUAAAAGAACUUUGACAUCUUUCAGUGGUUUAAUAGGAGAAAAAUAACUACCCAAAAAACUAAAAGUAAAAAGACAAAAGUAUAGUGACUUUGAAGAAUGAUUAAUUAAAAAUUAAAAACUGUCAUUUGAUCAACUAUCAGUUUGAGCUGAAAUCUGCUUCCUGGCUGAAUUAUAUUGACUGAUUUAGUGGCCAAGGAAUAACUUGGAGGCAGUAGCGGUUUUUAGAGGCUCCUGUGCCACUCACUCGUUUUCCCUUCCAAUCCCGUAGUUGGAUAAAGUAAACCAUUGCUACAAAUCUUGUGUAGCAUGUCAAUAGAGACCUUUUGGUCGCAUUGUUUGUCUUAGAUGCCACAACCUGCCAAGAAACCUGGAAAAAAGUAUUCACCUAUGGAUGCAGCAGCCAAGGACCCCUAGUGUAGCUCAGCUGGUGCUAAUAGUGAGUCUGAACUAAACCUGGCACAUGAGAAAGCAAUUAUGACUGAGAAUAAAUACAGCUCAGUAGAUGACAAAUUGGGCGCACUUGCAGAAACAGUGCAUAUCCACACUUAUGGUGUAAUUCCAAUUACUGUAUGGUAUAAUUCAGUGUUACUCAUUGCGCGGCUUGCGAGCCUCCUGCGGUUCGCCAAGCUUUAAUAUGCGGCUCGCAUGGCAGUAAAUAAUACGAUGAUAUGAUCAUGUGGUUAAAAUUUAUUUUUCAUUUAAAUAACAUUAAAAACAUUCAGGGAAGCAUAGAAAAACGAAUGUGCUCUAUUACAAAUAAUAAUAUAUAUUUAUAUAUAUUAUUUGACUCGUCACUGACUCACUGCGUUCUGCGCAAUAGCCAGUUUUUGGCAGCCUGCCAGAAGCUAGUUUGUGUUUCAUGCUAGUUAACUUGUGUUUACUGUACACACGGACUAAAAAAUGGAUCGAUUUCUUAUCAAACAAUCUCGCACACAAAAUGAACAGCAACAAAGCAAUGUGGCAGUGACAAAAGAGGUAACUGAUGGGGAGCAUGCAUCAUCCGCAACUUGAAGACUGAAUAACUUGGCAUACAGUACUUUGCGGUGAAAGUGGCUCUCCUAUUGACUUUGUCCUAUGAGUGUGGCUCACAUGAAGAAAAUAGUGAAGACCACUGGUAUAAUUCAUGGAAUAUAUGACUCUUCCUGUUGUUUCUGAGGAACAGCGGGAAUUUCCUAAUGCUCCCAUUACAAGAAAGGAAGCUAUAACCGCAUCCCCUAGUCUGAAAUCUGGUACUGUAAAUCACCUGGGCCAGAUGGCCUCCCAUGUGAAAUGUAUAAAGAAUUUGUCCAUAUUCUAUUAGGCCCUCUCUUAGCUAUGCUUAAUCAUUCAUUUUUGAUAUACAGGCUACCUGCUACUCUUAGCGAAGCAACUAUUUCUAUAGGCCUAAUAGGCCCAUUGUGUCAGAUUUAAAAUUGCUAUCUAAAAUUUUAUCACUAAAAUUGGAGAAGGUUCUACCAUUUAUUAUGAAUUAAAACCGGACAGGUUCCUUUAUUUGGAGCAAAAGAAAACCCAGACUAAAACUAUGAAAACUACUGAUCUCUACUGAGAAGGGCUUUGAUUUAUUAAUGUAUGGCUUAAUGUAGACUCUAAAUCACUGUGGCUUGAUCUUGAAUCCUUACAGUCCAGCUGCCCCUUACAAAACCUAUUAUUUGUUAUUAUUUACCUCUGUGUAAUAAUCCCUUAGUAUGUAAUACUCUGACCUGGCAUGGUAUACAAAGGCUGGAAGUCAGGAGUGACAUAACUUCCUUCACUUCAGCCACUUUUGAAUAACCCAGUUUUCCUGCCUAGUACUGUUGACUCUGGCUUUAAUUUAUGGCUUAUUUAUGCGAUACUUAGGAAAAGAUAUUAAGAAAAUAAAAGUGAAAAAGAUAUAAAGAAAUAAUCUUUAUUAAGUUUUGAUAACUUAGUUUCAAGAUAUAAUCUUCCUAGUCAGCACUUUUUAAGAUUUUUGCAAAUUAAUGAUUAUAUAUUAAAAAAAUACUACACUCACCUCAAAUUCCUCAUUUUCAGUUAUCGAGGAAAUCUGUCUGAAAUCUCCUACAGACAAGUGCUGAUGGUGGUGUUGUGUCUCCUCAGCCAUGCAGCUCUGCAGCCUUCAUCACUGUGUCCUCUUCUUCCUCAUCUUCACAUUCACCACUGCUCCUGUCUCAGCUCUUGAGAUCUGUCCUACACGGACCAAGCUUCAUCAGCCAGUGACGCUCUCAUGUAAUCAUCAAUGUUCUGGUUUAUUGCAAUGGUCUUUACUUAGUAAUCGAGAUGUUGUCCAGGCUCAGUGUGAUCAGACAUCAUGCAAGUCGGAGGAGGGAUUUAGUAUCUCUCAUGAUCAGUACCUGAAGGGAGAUUCCUCUCUCACCAUCACUGAAGCUGAUUACAGUAAGAGGAACGAGUACGCAUGUGAAUGUGACGACUCAGAUUUCGCUUAUGUGCGCCUCGUCAUAGAGACUGUCUUCACGCCAGUUCAGAUGAAGUCUGAUGAAAACCUGAAGCUGAAUGUGUCUAUACCAGAGCUAGUGGAGGUGAUUUAUAAAAGUGGUGAUGCAGCUAAUGAAGUGAUCUGCAACGUGACUAAAGACUCACUACAGUGUAAAGAUGAUUACAGACACAGAACAUCACUCACUUUCCCUGAGCUCACACUGAGAGACAUGAAGCCGAGGGAUAGUGGAAGUUACACCAUCCGGGACACCAAGAAUAAUGAAGACAUUCAGAUAUACGCCGUGUCUGUGGAAGAGCCUGGUUUUCCAGUGUGGGGGAUUGUAAUGAUAGUGCUGAUUAUUCUCUGUUGCUGUGCUGGAGUGGGAAUAUACCUAAUGCAUAGAAAACAUAGGAUAAAUCAGUUGAGCAGGCGACUGCUACAAGUGGAACAGCUUGUACAGCAGGCUGAAGAAGGGACAGAGGAGAACAUCACUGAGGUCGAGAUGUCCGUCAAUCAGCUGCAGCAAACGUACAUCAACACUAUAUAUUCAGCCCAGGUCGAAUUGUUCUGCAGGGUAAAGACAAAACAGCUGCAACAGUGUAGAAAAGAAGAGUUAAACAGUCGACUGCUACAUGCCCUAAAGCUUGUACAGAAGGCUGAAAAUGGGAAAAAGGAGAACAUCAGAGAAGCAGAGAAGGAGCUCAAACAGCUGGAGAAGAGGUACAAGGACACUGAAUAUUUGGACGAGGUCUCAGUGUUCUGCAUGGUACAGAGGUCACAGGUGAACUGGUACAGACUACAGUACAGCUGUGAAGGACGUCUAAUGACUGAGAGAAGAGAGGUGAACAGGCGACUGCUUUGUGUGGACCAGAUUGUACAGCAGGCUGAAGAAGGGACAGAGGAGAAAAUCAGAGAAGCAGAUGAAGCGAUAGAUGAGUUGGAGCAGCAGUACGAUAACACAAUAUAUUCAGAACAAGUCUUAAUGCUCUGUGAGGUAAAGAGGGAACAUCUGAAGAGAUACAAACCAGAGCACAUCAAAGAAGAACAUCUAAGGACUGAGGACAAAAAGUUGAACAGUCGAGUGCAAGAGAUGGAACAGCUUGUACUGCAGGCUGAAGAAGGGGAAGAGGAGAAGCUCUGUGAAGCUGAGAUAGAGAUCAAUCAGCUGGAGCUGCAGUACAGCAACUCUGUAUAUUCAGGACAUGUUUCAUUGUUCUGUAUGUUAAUGAGGGCACAGCUGUUCUGGUACAGACUACUACACAGUGAUGAAGAACAGACAAUGACUGAUAAAACAGAGAUUCUGUGGAAGGUGGAGGAGUUGAUCGACAGUUUACAGAAGCUCAGAGAUGGAGCAGAGGGAGAGCAGGAGGCAGCGAGCUUCACAGUGGUGGACGAGAUAGAAAAACAUCUGACGGAGUUCAAAAAGUGGUGUGAAGAGAAAAGGGGAGAAGAUAACUGACCUCAUAUACUGUAGCAGCACAGGGGUGGAGCUGUGUGAGACCAACACACACACACACACACACACACACACACACACACACACACUCAUGCACACACAAGCAUUCUUCCUCUGCAGCUGUUCCACCAGGUGAUUGAGAUAAACACAGAAAGACACAAGAUUUACUCCCUUUAUAAUCACAUAUAUUAAGAUAUUAAGAUUAGAAUUACUAAGCACAAUUUUAUUUUAACAAAAUCUAACUUCAUUGAAUUAACUUGAAAACAUCAAACAAAACACAUGCAAUUAAACAAGCAAUCAUCAAUUGUCCUGAACUUUCAAAUCAAAUUAAAAUCAAAUCAAAUUUUAUUUGUCACAUACACAUACAGUACAUACAAAGUACAAAAUGCAGUGAAACUCUUUUUACAACUGUCCGGUAUUCAAGCAUAAAAGGAAAAAGGAAUGCAAUUUGGGAUAAAAAAAAACUCUAAAGGAGGUAGACAAAUAAAGUAUAAACUUUAUAAGAACUAUAUAAAAUAUGAAAACAUAUGUGAAAAAUAGUGUAUAUACAUAAAUGCGUCUUUAUGAUUGUCCUUAAAGUGUCCAUGUGCAGUAACUUUAUCUUCCACUCCAUUACACUACAGUAUUUUUCAUUAUGGUUCCUAAACUGGCCUUAAAUAAAUCCUGAUUCCCAGUCAGAGGUUCCCGUUGCAGUGUUUGAGUCGAUCUCACUGGUGCUCUCCUAUCUCUAGCACUGAAGUCGUCUGUGUGUUUGUAGGAUGGAUGGUCUGGAUGUUGACAGGACUGAGGUGUGUACAAGUUGGUGUGUAAUUCUGAGAUUGUGUGUAUCAUAUUGAGAAAAUAAUGAACUGUUACAUGAAUUGUGUUAGCAAUCUUUAAUACAAAAAAAUAUCUUCCAAUGUUAUUUUUUAAUACAAGAAA